UGCAAGGGAUGCCCGGAACCUGGGUCCUCCAAGGCAAGAGCGUGGGACCCAGUGGCUUUCAGAAUCCUGGGAGACCGGGCAUCAAAACUGGGGCUGCAAAGAGACGUGGGGAGCAGGAAUGGAUUGCAAACAGGAGAUUUUGGGGAGGCUUCUGCAACAGCCGGGCACCAAAUCCACCCUUAGCACUCCAUUUUUGUUUUCCCCUCCCCUGCUUUGGCUGAUGUGGCUGAGUCCCUGACCUUCGUUCCGCUGCUGAACCAGCACUCUUUACUGAACGGAUUCUGAUGUUUGUCAUGCGUGUGGGUGCUGAAGGGCGCGCGGGAGUCCACGACCAUCCAGGUUCAGAAGAUCUCGCCGUUCUGUUUAUGAAUAACCGGCUCAGCUACUUUAACUAAACCUUCAAUCACGAGUAUUUAGAAGGAGAGGCGGGGGAGAUUGAAGAAGUGCGAGUAAAAGUUCCGCUUUUACUAAUCACUAACAAUUCGCUUCCGCUCCACUGCCCUUUUGUAGUGUUGAGGAGUUCUACUGGCUCCAACUGCUCUAACUCUCAUCUGCCCCUUAGCAGAGGAAUCUGGAGUUAAAGCUGUCCAGGGCGUUUAUACGGCUUAGAGCAGCUGUGAUGUUCGGAUCUGGGCGCUGCUUCCUGGAAAGAGCCGCUGCAGAGCAGACUCUGUUUUGCAGCGGACCGGAGCAAACUGCUCCGCUUGCCCAUUCUUCCCACCUCUGGUGCCACAUGCAUGUUCUAAUCCCGAUUCAGUCCACUGCUGAUUCACAUGCUAGCUCCUUUCUACACGCAAGCCCCCGUCCAGUUCAUCGCUCUGCUCCCCUUCGAAUAGCUCGGACGCUCCUGCUGAGAUUUAAUCCGAAACUCGCAGGACGCGAACGACUUCUUGCUAAAAGAUGCGGCAAAAUCCAGCCUCUCUCUGAAGAAAGCAGAGCAGGUGCAGUGCAGGAUUUGUGUGUGCAGCGGGGCGGGAAGAGCGACGUUUGGGGGAGCAAUAGGUCAGGGAGAACCGCAACCGCUCGGACUCUUGAGUGCCCCGGGAGGUAAGAGUUCUUCCUCGCUGGGGGUAAGAGGGAGACUUUGCGGGCUAUUGUGCUGGACCGAGCGGGGCUGUGCGUCCCCGCUCAGCCAGGGUCAUAUGCAUACCACGGGCGCGCUGGCCAAUGGUUGCGCAGUAAGUCCCACCUCGGGUUACGUGCUACCGCGGAGGUACCCGCCCCUCUUACUCCGCCUCGCUCGGUCUUCUGGGUUAGGGAGGGGGGAGUAUCCCGGCGUGCACCGGGGUUAGUUUUCUAAUUGAACAGAGGUGAGGGACCCCCCUCUUUUCCCCUCCCCCAUCAUCAUCAUCAUCACCGGACCUUGCCACCCACCUACCCCCCUUUCCCGCUUCCCAUCCCGGCAUGUCCUCGCCUUCCCCUUCCUCCUUCUUGGGCCCGAAGACAGGGGAUCGCCCGAAAGUGCCCCGGACGCGGGCGGCCACUUGGAGCCACCGGGAGACCCUGGAUUUCCUCGCCUUGUGGGGGGAAGAAGGCAUCCAGGCGCAGCUCAACCGGUGCCACCGGAAUGCCGACGUCUACCAGUGGAUCUCCGAGCGGAUGGCGGAGAAGGGCUAUUUCCGCGACGAGGACCAGUGUCGGACCAAAGGCAAAGACCUGAAGAAGAGUUACAAGCAAGCCAAGCUGCAAGACGGCAUCGCCCGCCAGCGGUGCCGCUUUUUCCACGAACUCGACGCCAUCCUUGGUGGCGGGAGCGCCGGCGGCCGUGUCGGCGGCGGCGCGGCUGCUCCUUGGUGUCAGGUGGUGAUCAAAGAGGAGAGCGAUCCGGAGCUCGAUCCGGAUCAAGAGCUGCAGGAGGACGACUACGGGUGGACCCAGGUGUCUGUCACCGACGGCAGUGAUCUGGAUCCGCAAGGCGAGCCUGCUGCCGCCUCUGCCGCUGCCCCCGCCUCCUCAUCCUCGUCCUGCUCGCAAGCGGCCGGGGGCUUGCUUCACCCCGAAGACCCCCUCCUUCACCACCACCAUCACCACCACCACGUCGCGGGUGGGAUCGUCAAGGAGGAAAAAAGCCCGGUGCCGGAGGAGGGCAGCCUCCACGGGGGAGCGGGAGGGUCCUACCUCUACUCCCAUGAAGAUGCCCACGUGGAGACCCCCCGGAGGGAGAUCAUCGGCCCCAGCGCGGUAGAAGAUCCGCUCCUUCGCCAAGAGACCCGGACGCAUUUGGAGGCUUCUUGGAGAACUGGGCUAAACAGGAGGGCUUUUUCUAGGCCUCGGAGCCUGUUGAGCACUCGGGAGAAAUUGGCUCAGCUCCGAAACAGGAGAAAGAGACCCCGGGAUGACAGAUUUGACGAGCUAGUGCGGGACAUCCGGGCACAUUUCCGGGAGAGGGAGAAACUCUUCCAGAGCUUGUGGGAAGAAGAGAAAGCCCAGCGGGAGAAGGAUAGACGGCUGUGGACAGCUGAGAUGGACUGGAUCCGCCAGAUGUGGGCCAAGAGCCAGAAGGAGAAGGAGGCAAAUGGUCCACGGCCUGUGAAGGAUGAGAACUGGAACGGGGACCUUUGCAAGGAUGCCAAAGGAGAGCUUCCUAAAGACACCAGCAUCCAAGAGCCUCUUCUCUUAAAGUCGUGGCUAGAAUCUCACAGCCGUAGCUUUGGGCAUUUCGUUGAUGGCAAGUGGCUGAAACCAGAUGGCAGAGAGAAGUGGGCUACCAAGAAUCCUACUACAGGUGAGCUGCUGGCCACCACCCUUCAGGGUUCUGUAGAAGAUACGAAUGCAGCAGUGGACUCUGCCACAAAAGCCUUUGAAACAUGGAGCAAACUCCCUGGCCAUGUCCGAGCCCGGCACUUGUACAACGUGGCCAGGACCCUCCAGAAACAUCAGCAGCUGCUGAGCCUUCUAGAGAGCCUGGACAACGGGAAGCUCCUCCGGGAAGCCCGUAACACAGAGCUGCCUCUGGUCAUCCGGCAUUUCUACCAUCAUGCAGGCUGGGCCCAGCUGAUGGAGGUGGAGAUGAAGGGCUGGAAGCCCCUUGGUGUUGUGGCUGCUCUCAUCCCUCGGAGCUUCCCUUUGCUGACUCUGACGUGGAAGGUGUGCCCGGCGCUGGCUAUGGGAAACACAGUGGUCUUAAAACCGGCCAGCUCCGCCCGGCUUACAGCUCUCCUGCUGGCCGAGGCCUGUGCCCAGGCGGGACUUCCUCCCGGGGUUCUCAACGUGGUCACAGGCGAUCAGGCACUGGGCGAGGUCUUGGCUGCCCAUCCAGGUGUCAACAAAGUGGCUUUUGCCGGCUCUGCUGAGGUGGGCCGAAGCCUGCGCCGUGCCACGGCCGGGACUGGCAAGAAGCUCUCUCUCCAGCUGGGAGGGAAGUCACCUUUCAUUGUCUUUGACUCGGCUGACCUGGAUAGCGCUGUUGAUGGGCUGGUGGAAGCCAUGUGGCUGAAUCAGGGGCAGGUCCUCAGCGCUGGGACUCAGCUGCUCCUGCAGGAAUCCAUUGCCAAGGACUUCACUCAGCGCCUGAAGCGGCGGAUGGGGCAGCUCCGUGUGGGAGGCUUUUUGGACAAGGCAACAGACGUGGGCGCCCUGGCUGACGAGAAGCAGCGGGAUGUAAUUGAGGGCCUCGUGGAGGAAGCUCGGGCCGAAGGUGCUGAGGUUUUCCAGGCCUGGGCAUCCCUCCCAUCAGCUGGGCUCUUCUACCCUCCAACCUUAAUCACUGGCGUGUACACAACGUCGCGUUGUGUCAGGGAAGAGAUCUUUGGACCUGUUCUGGUAUCCUUGACUUUCCGGACAGCAAAAGAGGCAGUGGCUUUGGGGAACAGCACCCCCUAUGGGUCAGUUGCCAGCGUGUGGACAGAGACCCUUUCCCUGGCUCUGGAAGUUGCCCGCAGUUUGCAGGUUGGCACCGUCUGGAUCAAUGGCCACAACAUGCUGGAUGCUGCCUCUGCCUUCGGGGGGUACAAAGAAAGCGGCUACAGCCGGGAUGGAGGCAAAGAGGGCCUUUAUGAGUAUGUGCGACCAAGCUGGGAGCUCCGGCCAUGCCCUGGUAUCAUCGACCUGAACUACAAAACCUUUGCUACCUCACAGGGGGCUGAGCUUCCGGUUCUUGCAGAAAACAGUGCCCCACGCAUCACAGUGUCUGACCCAGAAGGAAGCGUCCCAAGUGUGGACAGAACCUACAAGCUGUACUAUGGUGGUGUCCAGAAACGGCCGGAUUCCAUGAGUUCCCGCGCUGUCCUUGACCACACCGGCAGAAUCGUGGCGCACGUGGCAAAUGGGAGCAUCAAGGACAUCCGGAACGCUGUGGAAGCUGCUCAGAAGGCAGCCCCGGGAUGGGCAAAGCAGGCAGCUCAUGCUCGGGCACAGAUCUUGUACUACCUUGCUGAGAAUUUGGAACUCCGUCGAGCUGAAAUGGCAUCGCAGUUAGAGGCACUGACUGGCGCAAAGAAAGACGCAGCUCUGCAGGAGGUGGACCUCAGUGUGCAACGGCUCUUCUAUUGGGCAGCCUAUUCUGAUAAAUUCGGGGGGACUGUGCAGGAAACUUCCUUGUAUGGCGCCUCCCUCCUGUUUCGAGAACCUCUUGGGGUAGUGGGCAUUGCCUGUCCCGACGAGCAGCCCCUUCUCGGCUUUGUCAGCUUGUUGGCGCCUGCCGUCGUCCGUGGCAACUGUGUGGUGAUGGUCCCCAGCGAGCGGUACCCGUUACUUGCUCUGAACUUCUACCAGGUUCUAGAUACCUCGGAUGUCCCUGGUGGAGUGGUGAACAUCAUCUCUGGCGAGCGGGAUUAUUUGAGUCGAGGCUUAGCCGAGCACCAAGAGGUACAAGCCAUGUGGUACUUCGGCUCCAAGGAGGGUUCUGCACUUGUGGAAUGGGCCUCUGCCGGGAACCUAAAAAGGACCUGGGUGAACUAUGGAGCGGAGCAGCGAUGCUGGACUAACCCAGAAGAGGGGGCUGGAGAAGAGUUUCUCAGUCAGGCCACCCAGUGCAAAAGUGUCUGGAUGCCCAUGGGCGAUAUAUUCGCCAACUGAGCCUCCGGGUGGCUGAGGUGAACUGCAAGGCCAUCGAUGCUGUUGGUGGGGGAGCGGGGCGCACAGGGCUUGAGAAUAAAGACCCUUUGGCAGAUUUUUCAAAAACUCA